AUGGCGACAUACACCCCAAAGAAUAUCCUCAUUACUGGUGCUGCUGGAUUUAUUGCAUCUCAUGUUGCAAAUAGGCUUAUCAGAAACUAUCCUGACUACAAGAUUGUUGUGCUAGACAAGCUUGAUUACUGUUCUAAUCUCAAGAACCUUCUUCCCUCCAAAUCUUCGGCUAAUUUCAAGUUUGUUAAGGGGGAUAUCGGUAGUGCUGAUCUUGUCAAUUACCUUCUUAUUACUGAGAACAUUGACACAAUAAUGCACUUUGCAGCCCAGACCCAUGUUGAUAAUUCUUUUGGUAACAGUUUUGAGUUCACCAAGAACAACAUUUAUGGCACCCAUGUCCUAUUAGAGGCCUGCAAAGUUACUGGACAAAUCAAAAGAUUUAUCCAUGUAAGCACAGAUGAGGUCUAUGGAGAGACUGAUGAGGAUGCUGUUGUGGGAAAUCACGAGGCGUCUCAACUCCUGCCCACAAACCCAUAUUCAGCUACAAAAGCUGGGGCAGAAAUGCUUGUUAUGGCUUAUGGUAGAUCUUAUGGGUUGCCGGUGAUAACCACCCGAGGAAACAAUGUUUAUGGUCCAAAUCAGUUUCCCGAAAAGUUAAUUCCCAAGUUCAUCCUUUUAGCCAUGAGAGGGCAGCCUCUUCCUAUCCAUGGAGAUGGUUCUAAUGUGCGAAGUUAUCUCUAUUGUGAAGAUGUUGCUGAGGCAUUUGAAUGCGUUCUUCACAAGGGAGAAGUUGGUCAUGUUUACAACAUUGGAACAAAGAAGGAGAGGAGAGUCAUUGAUGUUGCGAAAGACAUAUGCAAUUUGUUUAACAUGGAUCCAGACAAAAGCAUUCAGUUUGUGGAUAACAGGCCGUUCAAUGAUCAGAGGUACUUCCUUGAUGAUCAGAAGCUUAAGAAUUUGGGUUGGUUUGAGAGGACUACAUGGAACGAAGGUUUGAGAAAGACCAUGGAGUGGUAUACCAGUAAUCCUGAUUGGUGGGGUGAUGUAUCUGGAGCACUGGUUCCUCAUCCUAGAAUGCUCAUGAUGCCCGGGGGAGUUGAAAGACUUGAUGGAGCUGACAAGGACAAGUCUAAAAAGUCUGAAUUCUCAGGCAAGUCUAACGAGAGCCACAUGGUGGUUCCUGCCUCCAAAAACAAUACUACUCAAAAACCACCAUUCAAGUUCUUGAUCUAUGGUAGGACUGGGUGGAUUGGCGGUUUGCUCGGAAAAUUAUGUGAGAAACAGGGUAUUCCAUACGAGUAUGGAAAGGGACGCCUGCAGGAUCGCUCACAAUUGGUGGCAGAUAUCCUCAGUGUUAAGCCAACUCAUGUUUUUAAUGCUGCUGGUGUGACUGGUAGACCCAAUGUUGAUUGGUGCGAGAGUCACAAGGCAGAAACAAUUCGCACCAAUGUUGCCGGUACACUUACCUUAGCUGAUGUAUGCAGAGAGCAUGGACUCCUGAUGAUGAACUUUGCCACAGGGUGUAUAUUUGAAUAUAAUGCUUCGCACCCUGAAGGUUCUGGGAUCGGGUUUAAGGAGGAAGACACACCCAAUUUCAUCGGUUCCUAUUAUUCAAAAACAAAGGCCAUGGUGGAAGAGCUCUUGAAAGAAUAUGACAACGUCUGCACACUCAGAGUUCGAAUGCCUAUAUCUUCUGACCUUAACAACCCACGGAAUUUCAUUACUAAGAUUUCCAAGUACAACAAGGUGGUUAAUAUUCCCAACAGCAUGACCAUCUUGGACGAGCUUCUUCCAAUUUCAAUUGAGCUGGCAAAGCGGAACCUCAGAGGCAUUUGGAACUUCACAAACCCUGGCGUUGUGAGCCACAACGAAAUUUUGGAGAUGUACAAGAAGUACAUUGAUCCAGAGUUCAAAUGGGUUAACUUCACACUCGAAGAACAAGCUAAGGUGAUUAUUGCUCCUCGAAGUAACAAUGAGUUGGACGCCUCCAAGUUGAAGAAAGAGUUCCCCGGUCUGCUCUCAAUCAAGGAGUCGUUGAUCAAGUAUGUUUUCGAACCCAACAAGAAAACCCCUUCUGCUGCUUAA